CUGGCCCUCGGGGUAAACGGGCUCAGCUCUCUCAAGUGUCCAGCACAAACUAUAACACCGGUUGAUGUCAGGACUCUCCUACCUGCUGCCUGCUGUACCAUGAAGCCCGCUGAGCUGAGAUUUCUUCUAGGGCUCCUCAUCUUCUUCUUGCAGACUAUGCCAUUAAUGGGUGGUGUUGAACGAGUUUCUCAAAGGAUGUGUGAAGAUCUCAAAGAUCCCUGCAGGAUGGAGGUGGACAUCGGCAGCUGCUUUGAAAUCCACUUUAGAUAUUUCUACAACUACACCUCCAAACAGUGCCAAAGUUUUAUCUUCACUGGCUGUGAUGGCAACCUGAACAACUACAAGCUUAAAAUAGAAUGCCAAAUCAUGUGUGAAGAAGAAUUCAAGACACCGAGCCUUGAAAGGAAACCCAGUAGUGGGAAGCGCCCUCGAUCCACCAGCUGAAGGCAGACAUAAGAAACUUCAGACAAAUUUUAUCGUCUUGGUAAUAUGUCCUUGAAACUCCCAUCUGUCUGUGAUUUUCUUGGCUUUCGUUUUGUCUUUCCUGAGAAAGAACUGUAUG